AUUUAUGCCUUUUUGUCAUUCACUAAUUUCAGACUGACAAUGGCCAGUGCUAUACCAGAAGAAGUUACUGAACGCUUGACUUGUGCUGUUUGCAUGGAACAGUUUAAGGAACCAAAGGUUCUGCCAUGUUUGCACACUUACUGUAAAGCAUGCCUGGAAAAGCUGGUGAAGAAACAAGGAUCUGAUCACAUUAUAACUUGUCCUGAGUGCAGGCAGGAUUCGAAAGUGAGUUAACUGCUGCAGGAAGUAUUGCACAAACCUGUUUGGAACCUGCUGGGUAAUUUGCAGCUAAGCAGAUACUAAAACCCCAUUUACACGCGCUAAAAAAUCGGCACAGCACGCCAAACUUUUGGCACCGUGCGGACUAUUUUAAGGCACAGCACUCCCAAUUUUCGAUGUGUAAACGUAUCGGUCCCAAAUGUAAUGUGGCACCAGUGCUCAAAAUUUUAGACUACCUCUGGAAGGUAGUCUUGGCAUGGGUAAACUAGGCACAGUGCCAAAAAUUUGACGUGCCGUACUGAUUUUUUAGCACGUGUAAACAGGGUUUAAAAUGAAUAGGCUUUUUUGGUCAAUUUUUUUAUUUCAGCUGGUUGUGUCCCAUUCUCUCUAGCUUGGAAAGAUUGGGACUACACUCAGUAAUGAUGAUGACGAUGAUGAUAAUGAUAAUCAAAUUAACCCCAGAUCAGGCCCAAUUUUAGCAGUUCUGAUACAUUCUCUCUUACAUAGUCGCCUUGCCUGCAAGGAUGAUGUUGACAAGGAGAAACGAAAAUAGAGCCUGAUCUCAGGUUAUAUUUAUUGAUGUAAAUCAGAAGCAUACUUAUAAUCCACCAGAAGCAUAUAACUCUAUUCCAAUGCUGGGGUUUUAUAAGGAACCAAUCAAAAUUUACUUCCUAAUAAUUAUGGAAUUAUCUUGCAUAUCUGAGUUGCAAAUAAAAAGCUUACGUGUGACAUACAAGACCUUCGUGCUUGGAGCUGUGAAGGGUAUAAUGAUGAGGCUUGUAUUGUGCAGUCAAAUUCGACAAAAGCUAAAACUUUAUUAUAUUUCAAAAAAACCGCUCAGUUUUAGUUAUUCCUUCUUCAGGGAGAUAGUAAGGAAACUAUGUUCUUUACCGGCCAAAACGGUUUUGCAAUCCAAAAGGAGAAGGACAACCACUUACUCCACGUCAAGAUAGUAAGCAAAUAGUUGUUGCAAGAAAAGAGCUAGUUGUACUGCUACAGCUUGUGCUGAAGACAAUAAAGUGCCAUAUCCUUUCCCGAUAACCAGAAAAGCAGACUGGGCUAUUCCAAAAAAAUCCACACCCCCAUGACAGAAGGCAAGCUGGGAAAUCUCACGGAAGGUGGGGGUUAACGGCUGUGAAAAUCCAGAUGGGAGGGGGGGCUCUGAACCUAAAAAUACAUCCUCAGGGGUUACUUUCGAUUUCAUUCACAUUUCAACAGCUUGCUGCUUCAGUGGGUAAGUUUUCAAAAAAAUGCUUUGCAUUUUCAAAUUCUAUUAUUCUUUCAAACUACAGACCUCUUACCACAUUUAUUUUAAGUUUCCAUCCAUGGGCUCACCUUCGUGGGCUUCAUUACCAUGCGAUAACCCAGUCUGCAGGAUAUGGCAGAACUUGACGAGAUCUUGUGCAUGCAGAUUUAACCACGUGCACCACGUGCAAUAUGAUUUGUUGUACCAGAACAGUGGCGGAUCCAGGGGAGGGGCCCAGUACCCCCCUUAUUUUUAGACUAAACUGAGGCUCAAAGGGCCAAAAAACUUUUUUUUUGGAGACCAGCCUUUCCCCCACCCCAACCCCCCCUCCCCCCAUUAUAUCAAGGUCUGGAUCCAGCACCGCAGAAUACAGGUGUAUGCCAAUAGAGAGGCUAAGUAUUAGAAGGAUGUGAGUUUUAGGUGCAUUUCCAGUUGUUUUAGAUGGCCUAAUUUCAAAUUUUCUCGGGGGAGCAUGCCCCCGGACCUCCCUAGUGUGUUAAUAUUUCACCGUUCAGUUCUCCCAAAAGAAGGGCUACGAACAAGAUUACGGACAAUUGCCAGUCCAUUGAUUUGUGUACAACCUCACGCACCAUACUGAUGAGAAAGCAAAAGUUUAAGCAAGGGAUGUGGAAAUGAUGUGGGAAAACUGAGAGGUUAGGAUAGAUUUGGCAAAAAUAUCAUGGCUACGCCCCUGUACCGGGUCAGGUGCAAAUCUCUUAGGCGCAACGCUGUGGCCUGCAAUGCCACUUUUGGUGUGCGCAAUAAUCUUUUUUAAAAAAGGCUCGUGUGCACUUGCCAUACUCUGCAUACUGGGUCAGUGGUAUAGCACAUCAUGUGAUAUCCCACCAAGUGUCCAUUUUCUUAGUUUCGUAGUCAUUUUUUCUUGACAAAGAUCAGAACUUUUUAUUCAAAUACAUAGUUAUAGUUUUGAGCUGUAAUGUUGUAUACAUUGCCGUAUAUUUUGCCUGGUCUAGAAAAAAAGAGAAGUUCACUCAAAUGUGGGCUUAUUUGCAAAAUGUGAAGCCUCUAAGAAGAUAUGAAAAUAUAAUUAACUUUCACAACAAACACAGAAUUCGUGCAGAAUUGAGAUUUUUAUUACUAAACAGAUCAACUAAAUGCCUUAAAGAAUCCUCUACAUUGAGUGUAAAUUAAAAUUGCUGUAUCUAACAGUUUUAAGGAAAUCCAUAUGGGUGGGGGGGUGUCUUUGAACUUGGAAAUCCUUUAUUUUCAAGUCACAAUCUUUCCCUAACUCGUUCUGACGAUAUAGAUCCUGAUGUUAAUUUCUGCACAGACGACGUCCACUGUGAUUACUACAUUGAAGACAAAUUUAACGAAAUGUUGAGAAAUGAUAAUUUAUGUGAUGAAGAUUUUUCGCUCCUACACCUAAAUAUUCGUAGUCUUCAACGUAAUCUAAACAGCCUUUCUAUUCUUUUGACAUGCUUGAAUAUUAAGUUCUCUUUAAUUGGCGUUUCUGAGACUUGGCUAAAUGAUUAUUCCCAUUCAGUAGACAUAGAUGGUUUCAAUUUUAUUCACAAACAUCGCCCAAAUAGAACUGGUGGUGGUGUUGGCUUAUAUAUUUCUGACAAUCUCGAUUUAGCAAGAUUUGAGCAUCUCCUAAUUUAGCAAGGGGUAUACAGUCGUCAGCUUCACACCGUUGUUUUCUUAAUGGUUCCUUUACACAGUCAAUAUUCUUCAACCCUACAACUCAAGAUGAGAUCACUGAGAUUGCGAAAACUUUUCUUCCAGGCAAAGCAGCUGGCUACGACCAGAUUCCAAUGACAGUCAUUAAGGAGUCCAUUCUACUUGUUUCUGAACCACUCACCCAUAUCAUAAACUUGUCAAUCCAGCAUGGUAUUGUUCCCGAUGAAAUGAAAAUCGCUCGCGUGAUACCUAUUUUUAAAUCUGAUGAUCAGUCGCUUUUCACCAACUACCGACCUAUCUCGGUGCUUCCCAGUUUUUCAAAAUUCUUUGAAAGAGUUAUCUACAAUCGUUUAAUGCAAUAUCUGAUGAACUUCAACAUCCUCUGUAGUAACCAAUACGGCUUCAGGAAAAAUCAUUCCACUGCACUCGCGCUAAUCGACUUGCAUGAUAAGAUCUCUACUGCCUUUGACCGAGGUGAAUUUUCCGUAGGUAUUUUUCUUGACCUCUCAAAAGCCUUUGACACUGUAAAUCAUAUCAUCCUUUUUGAUAAACUCGAACAUUACGGUAUUCGUGGCUUAGCGCUGGACUGGAUAAGAAGUUACUUUUCAAACAGAAAGCAAUAUGUUGAAUAUAAUGGCCACCGUUCGUUAAGAAAUGAAAUCUCUUGUGGGGUCCCUCAGGGUUCUAUCCUCGGACCUCUAUUUUUCUUACUGUACAUUAACGACAUCAACAAUGCUUCUAAUCUAUUAAAUCUGAUAUUGUUCGCUGACGAUACCAAUGUAUUCAUGUCACAUAAAGAUCUGAACUAUCUCUCAGAUAUGUUAAACUUGGAGAUGGACAAACUGUCAAUCUGGUUUAAAGCAAACAAGCUUUUUUUUUUUUUUUUCUUCUUUUUCUUUUCCUAUAUUUUUUGUAAUUAGUGUGGCAAAUAAAAUAAAAUAAAUAAAUAAAAAAAAAAUCCUGAAGGGAGGGGAGGGGUGCUCAAGCAGUUUUGGAAAUCCAGGUGGAAGGGAGGGGGGUCCAAAAAUAUGCCUUCCAUCCGGGGGGGGGUGGUGUGGAUUUUUUCUGGACCCAUUCAACAUUUUUCUCUUUCACUUACGUUACAAAAGAAAUGGUAAACAGCUCAAUGUGUCAUAUUGGGUAACGGAGGCACUUCAUAGGUUUGCUACAUAUAAUAUUAGCAGUCAUGAAGCAAUCACUUAAGCACAAUUGCCUUCAAUCGUCUUAUUCCAUAUUUGGGUGAAGAAAAUCCAUGCCUCUGACUGGACGGCUAAAAGACCUCAGCAUAGUUCUAAACAGAUCGGUGGAAGUUAGGCGCUUUGGGAUUAUAUGCCUGUGUGUGCAGUGAUAGCAAUAAAACAAAAGACCUUCAAUUGGGUACAUCUGGCUUUGUUUGACUAAAAUAAAAUUUUGCGGGGAAAUAGGGCCAGUAAACAACCAUAUCUAUAUCUAUAUAUAUAUAUUAUUAUAUAUAUAUAUAUAUAUAUUAUAAUGAUUAUUAUUUGGAAGUUCCAUUAAAGGUUUUGCUGAGUACUGUUCUAACCCAGUGUGUUUUAAUUCAUAUUAGGUUCCUGAUGGAGAUGCAAGCAAGCUGCAACCCAAUUUCUGGGUGAACAACUUCAUGACCUUAUUAAGCAUGCAAAAUAGUGCAUCAUCCACAGGGAGCCCAAUGAACUGUGAACACUGUGACAGUGGCGACUCCGCAGUUUCACGGUGCUCUGACUGCAGUGUUUUCAUGUGUGAGUUUUGUGUUACAGCGCAUAAGAGAAUCAAUGCCACCAAGAGUCAUCAGAUUUUAUCUCUGAUAGAAGUGAAGAAACUUGGUUCAAAGGCCCUUGUCAAGCCAUCGUUUUGUUCCAAACAUAAAGGUGAGACACUGAAAUUAUUCUGUAGCACCUGCCAGAAAACAAUCUGUCGUGAUUGUACCAUUGUUGAUCACCGUGAACACAAGUACGAUUUUGUGACAGAUGUUGCCGAAAAAGAAAAAGAAAUCAUUCACGGUUUUCUUGCCAAAGCCAAAGUCAAAGAGCAUGCAGUUGUUGAUGGUAUUAAAGCAGUCCAGACGAUGAAAAACGGUGUCCAGAAAAGAGUCUCUGAAGUAAACAAAGAAGUUGAUGCCUUUUAUGAUGAGCAGGUGAAAGCACUGAAUUACUACCGUGCAAAUAUUAAGCAUGAAGUUUCCACCGAGGGUCAAAUAAGAGUCAGCAAGCUAGAGAACCAAGCAGAUGUGCUUUCCUCUUUUCUGGCUCAGUUGAGAAGUGGCAUCACCUUUACUGAUCAGGCCUUACAAGAUGGAGAUGAUGUCAAGCUUUUGGCCAUGAAAAAGCAACUAGUCCAGCAGCUCGACCAGCUGAAUUCAUCAAAGACCUCUUGCAAACCCUGCGAGGAUGACUAUCUAGAGCUACAAGUGCACCAAACCAUUUGGGACAUGGGGAAAAUAGUAAGUGUAUGUUGUGUUCCUUUUGAUCCCCAGAAAUGCACUGUAAGCGUGUUGGGGGGAGAGGAAGGCGUGAUGUACCAAACCUUGGCUGGACAAGAAGUUGAUUUGUUGCUACUUGUCAAAGACGGAAAAGGUCAGAAGAAAACUAAAGGAGGCCACCAAGUGGAAGCCAUAUUAUCCUUCUCUAUUGAGCCAGAUCUCACAGGUGCAAAUUCUCCAGUUCCCAUACGUGAUAAUGGUGAUGGGUCUUACAGUUUCCUAUAUCAUCCUGUGGAACGAGGACAAGUGACUCUGUCAGUCAAAGUUGAAGGGAAAGAGGUUUAUGGAAGUCCCUUAAAAUGGAAUGUUACUUCAGAGUUUCCAGGUGGAUUAGCUUCACCGCAAGUAAAGAGUGUCAAACGCAAAGGGGUGAAAAGGAUGACAAAAAAAGGCCCAGGACCCCUGUUUUCUACUUUCAAGGAAGGCAUGCACUGCUGGAAACUGAAGGUAACAUCUUUUAGUGACGAGAGCAAAUGUGAUCUAGAAAUAGGGAUCGCUUCUAGUCCACGUUAUUAUAGCGAAGGACAAACAAAAUGGGCCUGGCAGUACAGCUCACGCUUGGAACCAAAACUCAGUCGAUCAGAUGGUGAAAUUCCCUCAAUCACUUCUGUUGAAAAUAAUGAUGUGUUCAUUGUAUUCCUUAAUCUGGAGUCAAAGAAACUUACAAUCUACAAUGUUCGAAGCAAACAAACUGAAAUCUUUGCAGGGAUUGAAGGGGAUGAUUUCUCUCCUAUUAUUAGGCGUGACAUGUGGGAG